AUGACCGUCACCACUUCUACGCAUCACAAACUGUCUCACUCUCGAAACACCGACGAACGAUUCCAAGCCUUGGAUCGCGCCUUGGCAAGGAGAUAUGUCGUGCGUCUACUCCAAGAACGAAGAUUGCGUAGCAUGCAAGAGCAAUCUCAGGGCGAUGUAUUAUUCAGACCAAGAGUGGAAAUAUGUGAUAACGCCUCUUCGUUACGUAUCACGGCCACGCUUGAACUUCCUGGCAUGAAAGCAGACGAUGUGCGAGUCACACUCGAACGUGAUAACCUUCUCGCUAUAUCAGGCGAACGCGUAUCGAAAGCACUUUCUGACCAGUCCGCGUCUGUUAGCUUUCCUGUCAGGGAGAUCAAGUAUGGAAAGUUUCUUCGUACACUGGAUGUUCCAUCCGGUACAAUGAUGAGUACCAUAUCAGCGGCAAUGAGCGAUGGCAUGCUCCUUAUAUCUUGGCCUCGUUCUCCUCCGGGCGCCAUAACGCGUUCUCCGCAGUGA